CUUUUUUGACGAUGUCGACAUUCUCAUGGCGGCACACCCAGUAGUUUGUUUCAAUCCGCUGUACGCGCAGAUCGCGCAAACGGGUACAGAUGUCCUCGCUGCAGGAGGCGAUGCCAAUGACCGAGAGGCACUUGAGAUCCGCAGACUCUUCCGAGACGAACUACUGGGUACAGGACCUAUCGGGGCAGCCAGUUAUCGUCCGACCACGGUCGAAGAGGUGGAUGUUCGCGGAAACGGUCGCAGCGUCUCUGCCGCGGAGAUGGCGCGAGAGGUCGCCGUGAAACGCAGAGAAGCGCGCACCGCGAACAGCCCGCCAAAGGCUGCGGCGGUGUUCGAUCGCAAGACGGGGAAAGGGUUUCAGCACAUUCCGCGAGGACGACUGGAACUCGACGAGCCACCAUCAGUAACCGGUUCUGAAUCAGAAGAUAUUGGGAAAAAUGUUGAGAGGGAAGACGCCGAUGCAAGUGCUGCUGCGUUUCAUCAGAAUUUCAAUUUUAUCCACACCAAUGCUGCAAAUGCAGGGCCGAGUGCGGUGCUUACUGGACUACUCCCCGAGUUUGGUGGCAAGAAGCCCGCCUACCAGUACACAGCCGCGACUGCUCCUGAGGAGGACUCUAAGAAAGAGGACGGAGUAGGCAAGUUCGAAGCUCUGUUGACGGGUGGAGUUGCGAAUGCGAGUCAACAAACUGGUGGGGGCGAACAUAGUGCUCACCUUUCGUCCAAAGAAGUAAAGGCUCAACAACAAGCGACGGCGCCGCACUAUCAAACAGAGGAGUACCAAGAGUUGGCGAAAACAACGCGAAUGAAGCUCCUCCGCGAAGCGCUGUGCAAAAUGGAAGACAUGACGGAGGCGGGGAGUUGUCCAGAGUGCGGCUGUUUGGUUCGGUCAGAACCUCUGGGUGCGGUCGAGAGCGAUACGGAAUCGGUGCAUAACGAAUCCGAUCUCACGCGUAUCAAGCAGCUGGAAGCACAACUGGCCGAGAGCAAAUACCAGUGCGAUGAACUGAAGGCGGAGAUUCGAGUCCAGAAAGCCGAAAUGAAGGACAUGGAAGAGCAAGUCGUGACGCAGAAGAACGAAAUCCGCACACUGCAACGCGAAGUGGAUAAGAAGAACGAGAUGCUUGUGAAUGUAGG